AUUAAGCGAAAAAAAUGUGCUUUGGUACAGUUCUUCAAGAAGUGCAAGAUGGCGCUUAAGUUAAAUCCACUAGCGGCCAUUUUGUCAAUCGGGUUUGUUUCUUGCCACGAUCCUACAGCCCAAUUUAAAGUAAACGUUAUUACAGUUAACACUGUAAGUAAUCCAUACUUUGAUAAUGUAUCUGCUCCGAUACACAGCUCUGAUACAAUCAGUAUUAAAACGCCUGUUAAAAAGGAUUUACCGGAUAAUAUAAUGAAUGCCAACUUUGAAAUAAGCAGGUACACGAUUGAGAAUACAGAUAUACCUCCGGGAAUCCCAGAUGGUGAAGUUGUCUCUGAUCUCUAUAUAUAUGAACCUGGAAAAGAUCCGUAUGUUAAUAUUCAUUUAGAAGGGUCAUUAAUCCAGGAGCUGGUGCUCCAGGAGCAUUAUGAGAGACUUCCAUUACGGCUUUUAUUACCACCCACGGCUCUUGGUCGGGUACGCCAAAAAGGUUAUAAUGUAGUAAAAUUACCUCGGCCUCUUCAGGAAGAGAUUUUUUAA